AUGGCGCAUCACCUUGAUAGCACGUUCAGGGAACUGGGCCUCGCUCAGUAUCUCGAUGCAUUUGUUGACCAAGGAUUCGACACAUGGGAUACCAUUCUUGAUAUCCAAGAAUCCGACCUAGACGCUUUGGGAGUGAAGUUAGGGCACAGAAGGAAAUUACAACGGAGAAUCGCAAAUGCACGAGGCAUUGCCCCCAGUGUUUCCCUGGCUUCCACAAAGGCUAGCUCCGAUGAAGCAAAACAAGACGGUACACGGCCAGUUCAAGUCCGCCACGAAUGCAACCAUGAUGGGGCGGGUGUGACAAAGCGGAAGUACCGCCGGCAUCCCAAGCCUGACGAAAACGCUCCAGAGCGGCCACCCUCUGCUUACGUGCUCUUCUCAAAUAAAAUGAGAGAAGAUUUGAAAAGCCAGAACCUCACCUUCACGGAAAUUGCAAAAUUAGUCGGCGAGAAUUGGCAAUGUUUACCAACCCCUGAAAAGGAAUCGUACGAGUCACAGGCAAAUGCAGCCAAGGACAAGUACCAUCGCGACCUAGCGGCGUACAAGAAGACGCCAGAAUACCGAAAAUAUGCCCAAUACUUGCAGGAGUUCAAGGAGAAACAAGCAAAACAGGGCCAGGACACGAAACGAUCCAAGCCAGAGCCAGCCAGGCUACGGCAUGGUAGUACGAGUAGCAGCGCGACUCCUGCUAGUGGAGUUGCCAGUGGAAGUGGAAGUCUGCGAGGAAGCCGAAGUAGUAGCGAACGGGUGCCAGAACGUGAGCAUUCCCCAACACGACAAGAGAGACUGGGCUCAGCGGUAUCCACCAUUGAACCCUUGCAUUCAUCUACUGCCCCGGUUUCCCAUUCCCGCCGUCUCUCUUUGGACGACCCUGCUAUCUCGCCAAUGACGACAACCUUUGACACUGGUCUAGGGAGAAGGAGCAUGGACGGCGGUUGGAAUGAGAGUGCGAGAGUGACUGAGUCUAAUAAUCAACCACUCCCAUCGCUAUCUGACAUACUGGACGAUGGGAGACCUAAUUCGAUAGGUAUCCCGCCUGGCGCUGAAACAAACUCAACUGUGCCAGGAUUUCUCCCGAUCAAUCAGCGUCUCCCUCUGAUCGGCGGGUCAUCAGCAGGGCUCCGAAUCCCACACCUUCAUCACGAAUCGACAUCCAACGGAAGUAGUGUGUCGGGCAGUUCCAUCAGCAGCUUUGCGCAAUCGACUACGGAUGGACCUCUUCCAGCGCCAUCAUUACUGUCCAACAACAAGCGUUCACCGCCUUUUAGCCAGACGCUCUCGCCAGUACUUGCUACUGCCCCGUCUGCCAUCCCGGCGGCGGCGGCCCCCGGGACCAUGGCAAGCUACGGCUUACCGAUCCCCCUAGCAUUACAUCAAGUCCGAAAGACAGAGCUCCAGCCGAACGACGGCGACGUCAUAAUGUCCGCGGCAGGGCUAACAUCAGGCUCCCCUUCUAAGAGAGAUGGCUUUGAUGGAAUGAGUGCUUUGCUAAGGGCCGGUGAGAUUGUUGGGCAACACACUUCUGGAUAA